UCUGCUCCUGACCUUGUCCUUGUCCUUCCUGUCCCCCUUCCCCCCCCCCCCGAAAAGCCCCAGAGGACCGUGAAGGCUCUCUACGACUACAAGGCCAAGCGUGCUGACGAGCUGACCUUCUGUCGGGGUGCCCUCAUCCACAAUGUCUGCAAGGAGCCAGGGGGCUGGUGGAAAGGGGACUAUGGGACCCGAGUCCAGCAGUACUUCCCGUCCAACUACGUGGAGGACGUCUCGGCCGGCGACCCCGAGGGGCUGGAGAAGCAGAUUAUGGAAGAUAAUCCCCUAGGAUCUCUCUGCAGAGGGAUCCUGGACCUGAAUAACUACAACGUUGUAAAAGCCCCGCAUGGAAAGAACCAGAAACCUUUCGUCUUCAUCCUGGAGCCCAAGAAGCAGGGGGACCCCCCGGUGGAGUUCGCCGCAGACAGCGUGGAGGAGCUCUUCGAGUGGUUCCAGAGCAUUCGACAGAUCACCUGGAAGAUCGACACCAAGGAAAACAACAUGAAGUACUGGGAGAAGAACCAGUCCAUCGCCAUUGAGCUCUCAGACUUGGUUGUCUACUGCAAGCCGACCAGCAAAACCAAGGACAAUCUAGAGAACCCCGACUUCCGAGAGAUCCGCUCCUUUGUGGAGACCAAGGCAGACAGCAUGGUGCGGCAGAAGCCCCGGGAGCUGCUGCGGUACAACCAGAAGGGCCUGACGCGUGUCUACCCCAAAGGACAGCGCGUGGACUCCUCCAACUAUGACCCGUUCCGCCUGUGGCUGUGCGGCGCCCAGAUGGUGGCCCUCAACUUCCAGACCGCAGACAAAUACAUGCAGAUGAACCAUGCGCUGUUCUCGCUCAAUGGCCGGACAGGCUACGUCCUGCAGCCCGAGAGCAUGCGCGGGGAGAAGUACGACCCGGUACCGCCCGAGUCACAGAGGAGGGUGGUGAUGACGCUCACUGUCAAGGUCCUCGGCGCUCGCCACCUCCCCAAGCUCGGGCGAAGUAUUGCUUGCCCCUUCGUGGAGGUGGAGAUCUGUGGGGCGGAGUACGACAACAAUAAGUUUAAGACCACGGUCGUGAAUGACAAUGGCCUCAGCCCUGUGUGGGCUCCCACUCAGGAGAAGGUGACCUUUGAGAUUUAUGACCCCAGCCUGGCCUUCCUGCGCUUCGUGGUCUACGAGGAAGACAUGUUCAGCGACCCCAACUUCCUGGCCCAUGCCACCUAUCCCAUCAAAGGCAUCAAGUCAGGGUUCAGAUCCGUGCCUCUGAAGAAUGGGUACAGCGAGGACAUCGAGCUGGCAUCCCUCCUGGUUUUCUGUGAGAUGCGGCCGGUCUUGGAGUGUGAGGAGGAGCUGUAUUCCUCCUGUCGCCAGCUGCGAAGGAGGCAGGAAGAACUGAACAACCAGCUCUUCUUGUACGACACACACCAGAACCUGCGUAAUGCCAACCGAGAUGCUCUGGUGAAGGAGUUCAACGUCAACGAGAACCAGCUCCAGCUGUACCAGGACAGGUGCAACCGGAGGCUGCGAGAGAAGAGGGUUAGCAACAGCAAGUUUUACUCAUAGAAGCAGAGGUGGAGGUGCGCGUGUGAGGCGGAUGGGUGUGCGUGCGGAUGGGCGGAUGUGCUGUUCAGCCUCGGGGGUGAGGUACCUGCAAUGCUGCCUUCCACCUGUGAUGCCAACAGGACCAUAUGACCAAGGAACCGGGCUGAUUUCCUGGCAUUUUUUCCACCUUGGACUUUUUUUUUUUUUUGUAACUUAUAUUCUUUAUAGAGGAUCCCUAAACCGUGUCUGUCUUGGUGUGUGACCUCUCAUGUUCCAACCUCAUUGAAUAAAGCACAGGCAGUCUUGGUCA